AUGGCCCCCACCACUAGCUCAUCCAGCACCGCCGCUGCCGCUGGUGGUGGUGUUACGAGUGACGAAGUUUCUGAUCGCACAACCCCCUCCCUUUCCGACUCAGGUGAACUCACCCACGACGAGGAACAAGAUAUGGCCAACUGUUUGAUUCUACUUGCUAAAGGCCAAAGACAAAGGAUGCCAUUGCCACCUCCACCACCGCCGCCGGCUGCGGCGGCGAUGGAUGUAUACCAGUGCAAAACGUGCGACAAGAGUUUCUCUUCGUUCCAAGCGCUGGGCGGUCACCGGGCGAGCCACAAGAAACCCAGUAGUAAGCCAAUUACAAUUACAGCGGUGGAUGAAUAUUAUCAGAGAUCAAUUCAAAUCUCCGAUAAUAAUAAUAAUAAUAAUAAUAACAGCAACAUUUAUCUUGGCAACCAAACGAGGCCUAAGAGUACUGCUACUACUAGGAGGGUUCACGAGUGCUCUUUGUGUGGGGCGGAGUUCGCCUCCGGCCAGGCCUUGGGCGGCCACAUGCGGCGCCACAGACCAAUUCCGGCGGCGUCAAUUAGCGGCAGCGGGCAUGGUGAUCAGCAUCCAGAAGUGAAGAGGCAGAGGAAUAUGUUGUUGUCCUUAGACCUUAAUCUCCCAGCUGCACCGGAAGAAGAGCAACCGGCGGCGGCGGUGGCGGCGGAAUCAAAGUUUCCUUUUGCACCCAAAGAACAAGUUAUUGUCUUCUCCGCCACUCCUUUGGUUGAUUGCCAUUAUUGAUUUAGUUAGUUUUCUUUCUUUCUUUCUUUUUU